GAUAGAGAGUCAGAGUCUCGAGACGUGAUGAUCGCCCAAGCAGCUAACAAGCCGAUCAGUGGUGAAGAGGAUAAAAUGUCUUCAAAGAGCUACAGGGUGAGAACGGCUGUUUUGUUCAUCUUGUGUGUGCUUGGUAUGGCGCUCUAUGUUUGCCUCAUCAGUCACUCCCCAGUUGGCAGUGAUAACAUCGUUAUGGAGUUUUCCGCAGCUCCCCGGCAGCAAAACAGUACCAUGCCGGAGACCCGCCUCCCUCAGGACAACCACAACUGCUCUCUGGUCAACAAGAUGGACCUGUGCAGUUGUCGCAAGAUAACUCAGGUCACCAACUGUACAUUCCAGAUGAACAAAAUAUCUGAAACUUCUACCUGCAGCAGCUGGGCCAAGCUGAGAGGCCCUGGCCAGAAGGUGGUGAGUUACUCGCUGUUUGGCAAGUUCCCCAGCAACUACUCCUUUGGGAUGGAGCAGCAGCUGCCACGAGUGAGCGAAGUGUACCCGGGUUGGGUGGUGAGGUUGUACCUGGACUUGUCGCAGCAGCAACAGAAGUCCUGGGCGUGUGCCCUCGCCUGUAAACACCCCCACCUCGACAUAUGUGACGUCCACGAUCUACCAGGUCUGGGUGACGUGAGCAAUACAGUGGGCACUGCCUGGCGGUUCUCUGUGGUAGGCGACACUUUGGAGCGCUAUAUCGUCAGGGACACAGACUCCCCGAUCAUACAGCGAGAGGUGGACGCCGUUCACCAGUGGAUUCAGUCUGGCAAGUGUUUCCACGUGAUGCGGACAACCCUCCCACGGCGUCUCUAUGUUGGGCGGGACAUGGGGGGGGCUGUAAUACCUGGCAGACUGAUAAGGCUUCUAAAAUCAGGACCAAUAUACUCAAUGACUCGAGGAAUAACAAGAAUUACUAUGAUCAGCCUAUCCUGUGGAAACACAUGUGGCCUUGGGCUAAGACUAACAUGAUCGUCCACGACUCCUACACGUGCAUGAAGUUCCAGGGAUCGCUGCCCUUCCCCUCACAACGGGAGAACAUCGCCUUCAUCGGGAUGCGAACCUACAGAGACAAGUAUAAGAACGAUGGUAUCAGGAAGCCAUGCCCAGUCCAGUGUAGGCCGCCUGACCACCAAGACUGGACGUACUGCUGACCACCAACACUAAGAGUACUUAUAGUAAUGUAAAAGGGGUUGGAUGAAUUUCCACAGCUCUGAAGAUGAGCUAAAAUUUGAAUGGUUUAAUUGGGUAAGCUAGUUUAGGUUAGGUUGGGGUACGUUGUUAAGUUAGGGUAGGUUAUUAGGUUAAGUUAGGUUAGGUACGCUAGUUAGGUAGGUCAUGGUCUAAGCUGGGGGGGGAGGAAUCUUCAAGUAGUCUAGUUUUUUAUGGUCUACUCCAAGGAAAACUUUCACACACCCACAACCAAACGCGCCGAGAGACUACUUGGCAUAGUCGUAGAUAUUUCUUUCGCAUAGACUGGAUGUAAACUAGAGCAUGAAAAUAGGAUGGAGCAUAAUGAUAAGCAGUUCAAAGGUGUAUAUUAUCCUUAGGGAGGUACAGUGACCUGCCCUAUAGCCAAGACCACACACAUACACUUCGUCACCGCCUUUGACAAAGUAAUAUCCAAGACCAGGGUGCUGACACAUGCCCUUAAUAAAAAGUUAGAAGCAAAA